UAGUCCCAAAUUUAUUUUUGCAUUCAAACACUUUUUUAAAUUUAUUUAAUAAUAAAGACACAAAUCUACAUAUCAUUUGGCCUAAUUUUUAUUGAACGGGGCGAGUUUUAUUGGGCUGGAAAAUGGCUUCCCGAUCUGGCAACCCUGAACCGGCAACAAAUCAACCCAGAAGUGAGCCUGAGCCACUCAGGCAGCCGAUUUUCCUCUCGCUACGCUAAACAGCUCGACGCCUUUGUGUUUUUAUAGUUUCACAAAACCCAAACAACAAAUUAAAUGAACAUUUUGUAACGCUAAAUGUUUCGCAGGUAAAGGUUUGUGGCUGCUAAGCAAGUUAAAAGACGGUAUAGUUGUAGAAACAUUCUUUUAUUUUGAAUGCGACUAAAAGUCGUACUCGUACUCUGCGCUUUACCAUCACGUAAAACGUCAACAACAAUAACUGACCAGUAUCAGCUAUUAGACAUGUUUUUAUCUCGUUAGCUUGCUUUUGUUUGGAGCACGGAGCUUCUUGCUGCUCACGUGCACCCAAGCCAUUCCAAAUGAUGACGUGAAAGAAGAAAAAAGGAGGGGAAAGUCCUUCAACAUGAUGAAUGACAAACAACACGCUGAGUGCAGUGACAGCGAGGACUUGUUCGGAGACUACGACAGUCUCCUGGAGGACUCGUCCCUGCUGGCCAAGCUGGAACAGGCCGACGCGCUAGCCUCGGCCGACCCGCCGCCACCGCAUGAUGACUGCCAGGAGCCCAAGAAGCGCAAAGUGCAAAGCGAGGCCAGGAGGAGCGUGAGUGAGCGUAUGAAGACGGCGCUGCGAUGUAACGCGGCGGCGGCCACUGGACUUUCUCGAACGGUGGCCAUGAAAGAGGCGGUGCUUAGCAGCCGGGUGGGCGACGCCGCCGAGGCCGUGGAGGCGCGCGCUGACGACCUGGGGCCGUUUUUCGGGCUGCCCAGCAAAGUCCGAGAGCUCCUCUUCACGCUCAGGGGAAUACGAAGCCUCUACGCGUGGCAGGAGACGUGCUUACGUCUGGAUUGCCUGUCCCGGAGGAGGAAUUUAAUCUACACGCUUCCCACCAGCGGCGGCAAAACUUUGGUGGCCGAGCUCCUGAUGAUCCGCGAGCUUCUUUGCAGGAACAACAACUGCGUCUUCGUCUUGCCGUACGUCGCCCUAGUCCAAGAGAAGGUCCGCGCUCUGGCGGCUUUGGGGCUGGAGCUGGACUUCCUGGUUGAGGAGUACGCGGGCAGCAGGGGGCGCUUCCCUCCAGUCAAACGAAGGGGGCGGCGCUCGCUUUACGUGGCCACCAUCGAGAAAGCGCACGCCCUCGUCAACGCGCUAAUCGAGGAGGAUUCGCUGCGCUGCGUUGGACUGCUCGUGGUUGAUGAGUUGCACAUGCUGGGCGAGGGCAGCCGAGGAGCUUUGCUGGAGAUCACCUUGUCCAAAGUGUUGCGGCUAAGCCCCGGCACGCAGAUCGUCGGCAUGAGCGCCACCUUAGGGAACAUCGGCGAUCUGCAGACCUUUCUCAAGGCCGAGAACUACCACGACGACUUCCGACCGGUGCGCCUGAAGGAGUACGUGAAACUGGGCGACGGCAUCUAUGAGGUUGACUCCAAAGAGGAAGACUCUUUUCGUUUGUGUCGUCGGGUGGAGUUGAAGUACUCGAGCGCCAUGCAGAAGGCGGAUCCAGACCACAUCGUGGCGCUGGUGACGGAGGUGAUCCCCCAACAUUCCUGCCUGGUUUUCUGCCCGACAAAGAAGAACUGCGAGAACGUGGCUGUCAUGAUUUGCAAGUACCUCCGUCGGGACUUCCUGCGACACCGGAAGGCUGAGAAGGAAGCCCUCCUGCGCCAGCUGGAGGAGUGCGGCCGCGGCUCUGUAUGUCCGGUCCUGCGGAGGACCGUCCCGCUGGGCGUAGCCUACCACCAUGGUGGCCUGACUGCCGACGAGAGGAAGCUGCUGGAAGACGCCUACUCCGCCAGCGUUCUCUGCCUCAUCACCUGCACGUCCACGCUGGCCGCUGGCGUCAACCUGCCGGCGCGGAGGGUAAUCGUGCGCUCGCCGCUGGUGGCUCAGGAAGCGCUCAAGACCAGUCAGUACAAGCAGAUGGCGGGCCGCGCCGGCAGGGCGGGGCUGGACCACGAGGGUGAGAGCAUCUUAAUCCUGCAGGAAGCGCAACGGCACCAGGCCAAGGCCUUGCUGUGCGCCCCCGUGGAGAAUUGUUACAGCCGGCUCCUCGCCGACGACCACAAAAGUCUACACGCCCUCAUCCUAUCCCUCGUCGGACUAAAAGCGGCGUCGCACGUGGAGCACCUGGAAGACUUUGCACGCGGGACGCUGCUUUUCGUGCAACGUGAGCACGCCGACGUAUGUGUGGAGGAUGCCGUCCGGCGGGGCGUCCGCCUCCUCCAGCUCAAAGGCGUUCUUCACGUGCAAAACGGCGACCUACAGGUCACGCCUUUGGGCAGGGCCGCCUUUAAAGGUUGCGUGGACGUAAGCCACAGCGAAGCCCUGUUCCAGGACCUCCAGAAAGGCCUGGAAGGCCUUGUUCUCAAUAGCCUUUUUCACCUUCUCUUCCUGGUCACGCCAUAUGACCUGGCUGCCGGCUGCACGCCGGACUGGAUGACCUUCUACACUCAGAUGGCGUCGUUGUCGUCGGCGGAGCUCAAAGUUUGCGCGGCGGUGGGCGUCCCAGAAAGCUUGGUGGCCAGGAAAGCGGCGGGUCAAAGCGUGGGCAAGAGUGGCGACGUGUCGGCGGCCAAGCGCGCCUUCCUCUCGUUGGUUCUGCUGGCUCUGCUGAAGGACGGCGACAUUUGGGGCGUGGCCCAAAAGUUCCAGCUCAGCCGCGGCUUCGUCCAAUCGCUGCUCAGCUCGUCCGCCGCCUUCUGCUCUUGCGUGCUGCACUUCACGCAGGAGCUGGACUCGCUGUGGGCGUACUGUUCGUUGUUGGAGGCGCUGACGCGACGCCUCAGUUACUGCGUCAAGGCAGAGCUUAUCCCACUCAUGGAAGUGGCGGGAGUUUCUGAGGCUCGCGCCAAGCAGCUCCACGCCGCCGGGUACCCCACGCUGACGCACUUGGCCAACGCUGACCCAACCGUCCUGGUCAGAACGGUGGCGCAUCUCAGUAGAAGGCAGGCCGAUCAGAUGGUGGCCUCGUCCAAGAUGCUGCUCAAUGAGAAGGCGGAAACGCUGAGGCAGGAAGCGGAUCAUCUGCUGGAAGCGCCACCCGAUUUACCCGAUUGAAAUCCACAAACAGUGGUCACCACUUUUUUAACACAAAUAAACUUUUUGAGUUAGAAUCUUUUAUUAUUCCAAUGACUUUUUUUCAAAUGUUCAUCUAUUUUCUAGGUAUCAAUAAAAUGAAUUUUGUAUUAACUCAUUGGCUGCCAUUGACAGCGACAGGAUAGACAUACAAUCCUC